AUGGAGAAUCAAGCGGAGGGAAUUCCUUCUACUGAGCCAGUUCGAGAGGGUGGGCCGCCUAUACAACGAUCAUCUACAGCGAGUACUCUGCAUCAUAACGAAUUUGACGAUUCAUUUGGGUCAAGAGUGCGAUCAUUUUUCCACCGAGACAGUCAUAUCGGUCAUGUCGGCCGUCACCCUCUACGUGGUAGCCAAGAUAUUGAAAUCCAUACGUGGAGUGGUCCUGAUGACCCGGAUAACCCCUCUAUUCUCACAGGUUUACCGGCUGGAUCUUAUGGCGCCGGAAAUAACUACAUGGAACAGCAAUUCCAUGUCCAAAAUGAACCUUUUCCCAACCUUGCAUGGGCCACGACCUCGUGGAACAUGGGUGCUGCGUUUUGGCCGCUUAUCUUUGUUCCGCUUACUGAGUCGUCGGGGCGUAUGCCUGGCUACUUCGUGGCAUAUUUUAUCCUUGUCGUCUCGCUUUUCCCUUCUGCGUUUGCACAGAACUUUGCCACACUGGUCGUUACUCGAUUCUUCGGUGGUGGUGCGUCCUCAGUAUCAAUCAAUAUCGUAGGAGGAAGUAUCAGCGAUGUCUGGUAUGGUGACAAGGCUCGGAGCUUACCAAUGUCUCUAUUUGGUUUCACUAGUGUCGUUGGAAUCGCUUUAGGUCCGUUCAUCGGAGCAGCGAUUCAACAAAUUCAUAAAAGCGACCCAUGGAGAUGGAUUUUUUAUAUUCAGAUCAUCUAUAACGCGGCCUUGAUCCCGGUAUUCUGGUUCAUUCUUCGCGAGACCCGUGCCGAUGUCAUCUUAAAGAAGAGAGCUAAAAAGCUUCGCAAGGAAACCGGUCGCCCAAUCUACGCCGAAGCAGACUUGAACACCACAAGUGUUUGGAAACUCAUGCAAGUUUCGUUCGAGCGCCCGACCCGGAUGCUAGUCACCGAGCCUGUCGUGAUUUUCUUUACCCUUUGGGUGAGCUUUGCGUGGGGAAUUCUAUUCCUCUUCUUCUCGAGCGUCGCGCAAACUUUUAGUGCAAACUAUGGUUGGGAUACAUUCCAAACUGGUCUAGUUCAACUAGCCAUCUCAGUGGGUGCUGUGAUAGGCACAGUAUUCAAUCCUAUUCAGGACUGGAUCUAUCUCAAUUCUGCUCGCCGAAAUCGGGACCGCCCUGGGAAAGCAAUUCCAGAGGCUCGGCUGUACACUUCUAUACCGGGGAGUCUUUUAUUUGCAGCUGGGCUCUUCUGGUAUGGUUGGGCCAGUGUCGGAAAUGGAUCCGUUCAUUGGAUUGUUCCAACACUUGGAAUCGGGUGUACCGGAGUGGGGAUUUACUCUAUAUACAUGGCCGUCGUCAAUUAUUUGACUGAUGCUUAUGAGAAAUAUGCGGCAUCGGCAUUGUCGGCUGCCUCGCUGGGUCGUAAUACUUUUGGUGCCUUCCUCCCCCUCGCUUCUUUCGAACUGUUUGACACACUGGGAUAUGGCUGGGCUGGCUCUUUGCUUGGAUUUGUCGGAAUUGCCCUCUCGGUUGUUCCUGUGGUGCUUGUACUGAAAGGGCCCGAGAUUAGGCGUAGAAGCCCUUUCAUGCGUGAAUCUAUGUGGGAUCCUGGUGAUGAUGUGGAGAAGGAUGAGGCUUCAGGAAAGACGGAGGUGUGA